CUUCAACUUUUAAAUAAUCCUGUCUGUUUAAAUUAUUAGGCGGAAAAUCAACAGAAAACUCGCAGCAAGCGAUUGAAGACGAUGAAAGGCCUCUUAAAAGACGUCGGCGUAAAUCCGAAGAUAAUGGUGAAAAAUCAACAUUAGACUCACGGGUAGUAGUUGAAGACGAUGCAGGUCCUCCUAAAAGACAGAGGAAAUCAGUUGAUAAAGCGUCGACGAGCCUUGGUGUUAAAAAGAAAAAGACCGUCCGCUACUCGCGGAUGAAACAGCCUACAUUGAUUAAACAGUUAAAAGGAAUUUUGUCUGAAUACCCAGAUGGUGGUCAAAUACUCAAGGAGCUGAUUCAAAAUGCCGAAGACGCGGGAGCAAGAGAGAUUAAAGUUCUGCACGACAAAAGAAAGAUCAACCAUAAGCCAAGCAAGUACGUACUGCAUGAGACGGAAGACGAAGAAUUGUGCAAAGAAUGCGAGACAACUCCUGCAUAUACAAAAUUCUUUAAGGGCCCAGCACUUUGUGUGUAUAAUGACGCUGUUUUCACUGAGAAUGACUGGGAAGGUAUACAGAUGAUAUAUAGCAGUGUGAAAGAAAAAGAUCCACUCAAAGUUGGAAGAUUUGGUCUCGGAUUCAAGUCAGUUUUCCACAUUACAGACUUCCCAUGCGUCAUCAGCGGUGAUACAGUUCUUUUGAUUGAUCCCCAUCAAUCUACAGAGAAAGUGAAUUCUAUAUUUGACAUUUGUGCCCUCGACGAAUAUAUUGAAGAAGGACUCAAUUCGGAAGCGUUUUGGGGUGCUUUAGAGAACACAUUUGGCUUGAGUAGAAAUACGCUUGGAGAAGAUGGUUUUCAAGGAACACUAUUUUGGUUUCCACUUCGAGAAACGAAGUCAGAUCUUUCAGAGACACUGUACACUGAGACUAAAGUUAAAAACCUUUUUGACUCCUUUCAGUCGGAUGCUUCAAAUAUUUUACUUUUUCUAAAACAUUUGGAGAAAAUAUCAUUGCAUAUCCGAGACGCAGAUGAAAGAAUGAAAGAAAUACUCAAAAUUGAAAUUGACGACAAGGAUGGUGCAGUAAGAAAAACCCGAAACAUUUUCAAAGAACGUAUAAUGGAUAUAAAUUCAACCCCCAAAAGCUCGGAUAUACAUUCAACAUUAAAAAUGGUUCUACAUACGUCAUCUCUUGACGCAGAUAAAAGUGAGGAAUGGCUUGUCGUUAGCUACUUUGUAAGAGAAAGCGCAUCGGAAGUUUUCAGAAAUUUAAUGAGGAACAAAGAUUUAGGUUACAGUCCUUAUGUUGGAGUGGCGGUACCGCUUAAUACACAUUUAGAAGAAUUUGAAGGACAUGUAUUUUGUUUCCUACCAUUACCGAGGGAAGGUGAAAGGUUGACCGGGUUACCAGUGCAUGUGAAUGGUUUCUUUGCGCUUAGCCAGAAUAGACACCAUAUGAAGUGGGAAACCGAAGAACAGGAAGGAAAGCAUAUAGAUGACAAGUCUAUUUUAUGGAACAAAGCUCUUAUUGAGGAAGCUCUCCCAAAAGCGUAUGAACUGUUAGUAUUGGAAGCUAUAAAAAUUGCAAAGAAGAAUUUAAAUGAUGAAGCCUUCGUAAAAGCUGUUUACAACGCGAUGCCAGUAUGCAAGAACUCACCAAGAAAAACUCAUAAAAGGUGGAUGACGCUCGAAAAUAAACUUUACGAAAAGCUCGAAAAACGAAAUAUAAUUUAUACGGCUCAGACAAAUCAGUGGAUUGUCCUACACAAAGCAACAUUUGCAACGUUUAGGACAUUGCUUGGGAGUGAAAUUGAUACUUCAGUGCAGGAGGCCAUCUCUAGAUGCUUGCAUAAAGUUAGCCUGAAAUACGCCAAAUUGCCAGGUCAAUUGUUUGACACAUUGCAGAUCCAUUUCCCGUACGUUCAGGACCUAACUCCUUCAUCCUUGGUGAUUCAUCUACAGAAAAGUAACCAAUACAGAGAAUUGUCUUGUGAAGACAAACUGCAAGUUUUAUCCUAUCUGCUACUAGAGGAAGGCAAUUCUGCGAAUAUACAAGGCAUUGAGCUUUUACCAUUGGCUUCUAACCGAUGGACUGUAUUCAAUAAAGAAAAUGAUCCUGUUUAUCUGUGUACAGAUGAAGCUGUGAUGUUUCCGGGCUUGGAGGACAAACUUGUGAUGGAAUCAAGAAAGCUUGGAGUACCGCUGUCGAAGAGCAUUGAAAGCAUAUGCAAAUCAGAAACAUACCAGAUACAGAAGCUUAACGUUGAGUGUGCAAAGACUCUGCUGAAGCAAACAAUAGUUAAUAACGCUGGAUCCGAUACGAAUGUUCGUUUGACUAAGGAUUCAAGCCUGACAGGUCAAUGGUUAGAAAACGUUUGGCAUGUGCUCAUAGACAAAAAUAUGGUAAAGUUUUUCAAAGAUAUUCCCCUAGUUCCUAUAUUGAUACAAGGAAGCUGGAUUGAUCCACAUAUUAUUGAAUUGGUGAAACUUUCAGAGUUUAUUAUUAUUAAGGAAUCAGAAGACUCUGUCCUUGUAGAUGAGUUAUGUAACUGUCUACUUGCGAUGAAAGUAAAAGUAUUGCCAAGACUUCCAGAGUGGAUCCGUUUUGAAUCCAUCAAAGAAUUUGUUUAUCGGCCGACGAAAGAAAGCAUUGCUUCCCUGUUAGGGGCAGUGUACAAAAAGACUGGAGAUAUUGCUGUAUCAGAGUUUGAUACAGUAAGCCAAGUUAACAGCCAAAUAAGGGAAGCACUGACCCAGUUUGCAUCUACCCUCGCUUACAUAGACAAAGAUGUAGUGAAAUUGCUCCGAAAGCUGAAAUUGUUUAGAGCCGUGCAUACCAUAGACGACAAAGGUCAAUAUACAACUGUAGUCGAUGUACCUCGUUAUAUACAUGAGGAUAUAAACUUCCCUGCCGGAGUUGAAUUGCCUUUCAGCUGCAUAAAGCUAAGCAGUUCUGAAGAUAACUUAAUUAAACAUCUGGAAGCGGAGAAUAUUUCGACAGAAUCCCUAGUCCUGAGUACCAUCCAAAACUUACUGUUGCAUAAGAAACAUGAUCAGAUCUCAAUUUUCAUGACAUAUUUUAUGGAAAACUUCAAUCUAUUUGAAACCAAUACCGCAAUAUGCGACAAUGCUGCACAUUUACCUUUUUUAAAAGUAGGGACGGAACUUCACAAACCUUCGGAUCUUUUUGACCCCUCCAGUUCCUCACUUCAAAGAUUACUAAUUGGAGAAUCGCUGUUUCCGGAAAACCCAUGUGAAUACAACAACGACGAAAUUCGGACGUUAAGAAGGCUUGGUAUCAAAGGAAAAGAGAAAAUAGAUGCCUCUAUUAUGCUACAAGUUGCAAAUACACUUAGUAUUUGGUGUCAAGAUGAUCAAAAAUCCUAUUAUUUGUCAAGGAAGGCUGUCGAAUUUCUGGAAAUUUUAGUUCACCAUCCUGACUUGUUAGACAACUUUUGCAACGAAACAACAACUUUAGGCAGUGCUUUAAUGUCAGUUUCCUGUAUCCCGGUCAUACAGAAUUCACCUGUAGAUUACCCUAAAGGUUUACCAUGGUUUUCAAAGAGGGUGAAAAUUUGUAAGCCAGAAGAAGCGAAAGUUGUAGAACUGAGUCUUUUAGCGGGAGCUAUAGUACCAAUGGUUGAUUGUGCUUCAGACAAAAUAGUUCAUAUGUUCAAGUGGAAUGUUGCUCCAAAGGUGGAUAUUAUAUUGCAACAGUUGGCCUUUAUUUCUCAGCAUUACAAUGUCCAAAACAAACCAGAUUAUAUGCGUGCAGCACAGAGAAUAUACAAACACCUGAAUCAAUGUAGAGAUGAAGUUUCGAAAUUUCGGAAUACAGUGGAAAAUAAUGCAGCGGUAUGGACUGGUUUUGGCUUUGAAUUACCCAGGAAAGUCAUCAUUACAAAACGAGAACAAGAUUUGGAUCUGAAGCCAUACUUUUGUAAUUUACCUGAAGAGAUCCAGGAUAUGGAUGAUUUGUUUCUGCAGUUAGGAUGCCAUCCUGAAGAAAACAGUGAUAUUUUAUUAAUUGUUUUGAAAACCAUUAAGAUGAAGUAUGAAUCUUCUACUGAAUCCACUAAAUCAUCUCUGUCGAGAGAUUCAGAUAUUGUACUUGAAAUUUUAAAAGUAUUUGCAUCAAGACGGAGAGAUGGAAGUCUUGAUAUUGAUGAUUCAAAACUGCUUAUGUUAGUGGAAAGCCAGUCGUCGGAGAAACUUUCUUUACAGUACAUUUCGGACUGUAUAUUUGAUAAUGAUUGGGACGAACUUGAUGAAGAGGAACAAAAAAUAUAUUAUAUUGUCAAUGAAAUCGUACCAGUGUCAGUUGAUAGUGACCUUGGAGUAAAGUCUGUGAAGAGGAAAACAAUUUUAGGGGCGGCUGAAGAGUUCAGCUUUGAAGAAUGGGGACAACAUGAGUCACUUACAACUAGAAUCAAUACGUUAUUAAGAGAUGGAUACAAAGAUGGUUUAUCCGUUCCAAAAGAGGUUGUUCAAAAUGCGGAUGAUGCAGGUGCAACAGUAGUAAAGUUUUUGUACGACGAAAGACAUAAUAAUGACGCAAAGAGAAAGGAAAAACUGUUUAGUUCAGAUCUAAGAGAAUGCCAAGGACCCGCCCUGUGGGUGUAUAAUGAUUCUCAGUUUACAGAAAAGGACCUAGAAAAUAUCACAAAAUUAAACGGUGCGACAAAAGCUGAUUAUCAGGACAAGAUUGGAAAAUUUGGACUGGGAUUUUGUUCUGUCUACAACCUUACGGACGUUCCUAGUUUCAUCUCAGGAAAAGACAUGGUCAUAUUCGACCCACACGAGACGUAUUUACAAGAGGCAAGACAGACUCGUGGAACAGGACUGCGGGUCAGAUUAUCAAAACGAAAUUUGAUACAACGAAGUUUUGACCAGUUUAAACCUUACAGUGCUGUGUUUGGUUGUAAUUUAUUGGAACCGAGUUUUACUGACUUCAGUGGUACUUUGUUUAGGCUGCCAUUGCGAACAGAAAAUCAAGCAGCAAAAAGCAAAAUAUGUGACGAGGCAUACACAAAAGAAGAAGUAUCGGCUCUUUUAAAUAAAUUUGUAGAAAAUGCCGGAAAUAUACUUCUAUUCACACAAAAUGUGAAGAUUUUACAGAUUUAUUACCUUUCGAAAGAUGAAAAAGAUCCUUCUCGAGCAAAGCUUCUCUUCAACAUUAACAAAAGAAUUUAUCAAAACUCACACGAUGAAACUGCUAGAUAUACACUGAGCAUCUUAAAACGUAUACCUACUAUUCUUAAAAGUAACCAGGACUUUUCAGAAAUCCAGCACGUUGAAAUAAGUCAAAAACUUUUUGAAAGCUCAUUUCUGAAAUCUACUUCUGAAGUGUCAAAUUCAGUAUCAGUUGAAACAAAGUGGAUUGUUUCUUGGGCUCUAGGUAAAAAUGAGUCUCUCAGGCUCUCAAAAAGGAUAUCGGAAAAGGGAGCUGUGCCACUUUCUGCUGUUGCCGUACCAAUGAGAGAUAAAGACGACACAAUACCUAUGAUGCUAGAUGAUGUUCCGAUUGGCUUUUACAACAAAGGACAUUUAUUUUGUUUCCUACCGCUUCCGAUCACAACAAGUUUACCAGUACAUAUUAAUGGCUGUUUCAGUGUUACUUCAGAUAGGAGAGGUCUGUCGUGGUAUACAGAAGAUGACAAAAAGAAAGGGGAUAAUUAUAUGUGGAACCAGGCGUUAAUUGAAGACUCCUUAGUUGAAAGUUAUGUAAGGCUUUUAAUGUUCCUGUCAACAAGAUGUUCUGACAGUUAUAGCUAUCAUUCACUUUGGCCUUUAAAUGGAUCUGAUGAUGUUCAGCUGUUGAAAAGAAGCUUUUUCAAAACCCUCAUUUUGGAUAAACUAAAAUUAUUUCGUGGAGGACAUGGCUGGCUUUCGGUGGAUGAAAUUGUCUAUUUAGACCCAUCUAUUGGUUGUAUGGAUAUUAUUGGAGAUAUUGCUUUUGCAUUUGCGUCUUCAAUGCCAAUCAGACAAGGGAAACAUAUUAUAAGAUUACCACGCCGUGUCUUGUUAUCGUUUGAAGACUGGAGAUGUGAGAGCAAGUCCAUAUUUAUAGACGCGAUGAUAAGAGAAGAGGAACUAAUUAUUCAUUUCUUGAACACAUUAGACUCUGUGUUUUGGCAACACCAGUUAGACAAAAGGAACAAACUGAUACUAUACGCGUUAAGAACAAAAAGUAAUGUGAUAUUCGAAAAGUUGAAAGAAACCAGAUGUAUUCCUUCUGACCCAGACAAUGUUCUCUGCAGACCAAAUGAACUUAUUUGUCCUACAUCUGAGAUUGCAGAUAUGUUUAAUGUUGUUGAUGGAAAAUUCCCCUUACAUACGGAUGGCUUUUGUGAGAGCAAUGUGAUUAAUCUACUAAUCUCACUCGGUAUGAAUGAUAAGUAUCUCCCUAAAGACAUGUUAAUGGAACGAUGCAAGUCAAUUGAGGAGCUGCUUACAGUUUGUGGAAGUUGUGCUCAAGAAAGAUGUGGCAGAUUUUUAAAAUACUGCGGAAAAUAG